AUGAGUCUACGCAAGGUACGGCCAGUGGAGCCGCAUAAGGCAACAGAAGCCCAAUGGACGCUGAGCCAUGAGGAGUUGGGAGCUGGGCCAGGAGGCGCUGAGUGGAAGGGUAGGCAUAAUUUAAGGAUUUUUUAAGGUCGACAAGGGAGGUAUCACAAACGCCCAGAUUUUUUAAAUAUUUUGCACACAUUUUAUUUGGCACUUUGCAGGGACAGCCAAAGAUAUUCAACUAUCUUUGCGCCCGAGAGAGUACGCGAGACGCGGAGAGCGGUCACAAUGAAAAACACUUUUUGGCCAUAUCUUUGCCAGUUUUGUGCGGAAAAAAAAGAUUUUUUGUGGGCAUAUUACCCUCGCAGGUAGACAUAGGCAAGCAACUUUUCAUCCCAUGACUUGUAAAAAAAAGUCGUAUUUUAACCAACUUUCGACUCAAAAUUCAGCAAAGUGAAAGCUAGAAAUCUCGCGUAUCUCACAGAAAAAACAUUCUAAAUUUUUCACCAAGUUUCAUCAAAAUCUGAGCGUAGCACUUGCGGCACUUCCCUUGUGAAAGCAAAAAUCUCAAAGUGCUUUUCGCCCCCUGUAGAGAGCAACAACUGUGGCUCCUUUUUCAGAUCUCACAGUAGCACAAAAGGCGUACAGAACGUUGGUUGCGACUUUCAAAGUGUCCUUGUUUUGUCUCGACAUUUUUGGCUUCAUUUGUUUGUUGGGGCUGUUGGCAGAUGCCUUUCAAUUGAUUGGAGGAAGUGGCGUUGGUAAGGAUUUUCAGCAAGUUAUUUGCUUUCAUUUUUCUUCAAAAUUCAUGCGAAAUUUUUAGGCCAGAAUUUGAAGAAGACCCCGUUCCUCAACAACCCAAUUUCCUCGGCGAUCUUUGGUAUGGUCGUGACGAUUAUUCUGCAAAGCGGAUCGACGCUUAUCAGUAUCCUAGUGGACAUGGUGGCUGGAGGCUGUAAGUCGAGUUGUUCAUUUUUAAACACUAUUAGAAGAGUAUGAGUUUGUCGGGAAAAUAAUGUGGAUUUUUUGCCUCUUGUAAGUGCCCAUCAUCGCUUUGCGGCGGCUAGUAGUGGCUGGAGAUUUGGUAAUUGCGAGGCGCGAGAAAUCUACACUCUUUUACCAACGGUCUGAUAUAUCCAUGCACUUUAUGAAAAUACUAUUAGUAUGAAUUCAGUACGAGGAUUGUAAAAUACGUCGCGUUUUAUUUCUCGUUUUUUGCGAAUUGCAAGGCAAGUCUUGCAAUUAGUAAUUCCUGCAGCAAACCCACAUUAUUUUCCCGACAAACUAAUACUUCCUUUCUAUCCAUCUGUCGGGAAAAUAAUGAGUGAAAUGUCGCUAGCCCAUCUGAAGCUCAAGUGCAAAGCAAUUUGGGUUCAGUCUGUCGGGAAAAUAAUGAGCAAAAAAGUGAGCCAAUCUCGUCGUUGAAGUGAAAACAAAUUUGAUUUUCUCCGCGACGCAAUUCAUUUUAUCGGCGGCGAUCUCGAUUUUCGUUGCGGCAAAGUGCUCAUUAUCGGUCUGUCGGGAAAAAAAUGACGGAUCGUCGCGCCUCGGAGUCGCUCAUCAUCGCUUUGCGACUGCAAGCCGCGGCUUGGGAGUUGGUGCGCGACAGCGGCGGGGCGAGCCAUUUUGCUGCGACAAUCCGCCGUUAUUUUCCCGACAGACUGAUAUUUUCCUGACAGACUGAUAGUACUUCCCUAGUAAGCUCCGUUUUCAGUGCUCACUGUCCAUCAAUCCAUUCCAAUAAUGAUCGGCGCUGAGAUCGGCGCCUCCCUGAUGAACGCAUUGGUCUCGUUGGGCCACUCUGGGGAUCGCGACGAGUUUCGUCGCGCAUUUGCUGCCGCCACAAUGAACGACAUUUUCAAUUUGCUGAAUUUUAUCACCGUCCUCCCGCUGGAGAUGACGACCGGCUUCAUGGAGUGGCUCAGUGGGAUAUUGGUGAUGCCGUUGAGCGGUGUGAAAGCGAGCGAGGUGAAGACGCUCCGGUACUUGACGGACCCACUUUUGAACCUGGUUGUGCAGGUAGGUGUUAGUACAACUUCAUGUCAGUCGUCGGGAAAAUAAUGAGCCCUCUGCAAAAUCGCAUCGCCACCGAGAAAAUGAAUUUUGUCGCGGCAAAAUCAAAGUUCUUUUAACUUUGCGAUCAGCGCAGCCACAUUGUGCUCAUUAUUUUCCCAACAGACUGACAUAAAAAGAUUAUACUAAUUUUUUGUAUGCUUUAAUUUUUUUUGUAAGCGUGGAUUGUGGUAAAACUUUUCCAGAUUGAUGUCAAAGCCCUGACUCGAGUGACUUCGAUGAGUCGAAGGGAUGAGAAUGUGACUUACGGAAGCUCUUUCGUUUUGCGUUGCAUCGAUCUCGAUACUGGAGGUGAAUUAUCCGAGUGUAAGUGAAAGGUAUUUUAAAGUGCUUUUCUCUCUGCCCCAACACAUCGCUUGCUUGAAAGUCUUGACGAUUGCUUUUUACUGUGGCGGAUCUGAUCCAGUGACAGAAAAACGUAUCAUUUUGCAUCCGGGAAGAAUAAAAAAUGUAACAAAGUACCUCCCUCUCCAAGUGAAAAAAUUCCGAUUGCAAAAGCGCGCUCUACUAGGCGUUCCAGAAAGUGCGUGCACUUUUUUUCGUGGGCCGCACUGUGCACAAAAUUCCCUUUUUGCGGGGGUGCAUUUGACCUUUUGCACUGUGGAACCGGAUAUGCGACGCAAGCUUUUCUCAACGGAGCCGGCGCGAAUUUUCAGAAAUUGCACAGUGCAAAAUGUUUCGAAACGGAUCGCGUCGCGCGGGGAACACGAAACUUGCACUGUGCGGUGCAAAAAAAGGCGGAAAAAAGUGCACGCACUUUCUGGAACGACCAGUAUUUUUGAGAGAGAAGGGGUACGUCCUUCAAAACGGAGUUUUUUCAAUUGGAGAUGGAGGCUUUUUGCCACAUUUUUUGAUACUUCCCGGAUGCAAAAUGGUAUCUUUGUUUCCACUGGAUCAGAUCCGCCACUAUCAAUCACGAAGCGAAUACGCAUUUCCUUUGAGCAACAACAUCUUUCAGGCCCCUACGUCCACAUUUUCGCCUAUUCCACUUGGUCCGAUGCCAAAAUUGGGCUGGCGCUUCUUGUCGCCGCGAUCAUCGGCCUUGGCUUCUGCUUGGCGGCUCUAGUGAAGAUCAACUAUCUCUUGUUCGCGGGACGCGCGGCGAUAUGGGUCCGUUGCCUGUUAGAAAAACGUUUCCCAUAUCCGUUCGAAUGGUUUACCGGCUAUUUCCUCAUGUUUGUCGCCGCCGUUGUUGUGGUAAUCAUACAAUCGAGUAGUGUGUUCCGUUCGGCGCUAACGCCGCUCGUUGGGAUUGGAGUUAUCCCGUUGGAGAAGCUGUAUCCGUUGUUGAUGGGGGCGAAUGUUGGAACGACGUCGUCGGGCAUUCUGGCCGCAUUGUCAGCGGACCCAGCGCAGCUGCAGGAGUAAGGGCUUUUAAUAAAUUUUGCGACUAUCAGUCUGUCGGGAAAAUAAUGAACCAAGAAAAUGAAUUGUGUCGCGGAGAAAAGUCAAAUUGCUUUUCACUUCUGCAGCACGAUCUGCUCACUAUUUUACCGACAGACUGAUGCUAUAUUUUUUAAAACUCGUAGACUUUCUGUCACCAGGCCGCGAUGUGCGAAAAAAGGAAAAAAUGCACUGUGCGUCGAAACAAAACGUCUCCGUUGAAAAUCCAUGGUACAGUGCAUCCUACUUUUUGGUUCCGCCCCAUUUUUUGAUCAUAUCUCGGGGGGUUUUUUCCAAAUGUCAUGAAAUCUUACAUAAGUGUUAAUCAACCUUUAAGAAUAAGCUAUGCGCCGGGAAAAUAACGGCGCACGGCAAACCAAAAUAGAACAAAAAUGUCUCCCGCCCACUUUUGAGCUUCGUCCAAACGAAGUGUCACAACUGACAAAAGCAAUAAAAUAAUUUAGAGAAAAAUAUUUUUCCAUCGAAAAACCACACGAAAAAUUCUGUUGUGACAUUUCGUGUCAAUUUGACCGAUACUGGGUGUACGAAGUGCCGAAACGAGGAGGGAGACUCCAUGGGUUGCCGUGCGACGGGUCGUCGAGUCUUGGAAUCGCUCAUCAUCGGUUUGCCACGGCAAACCGCGACUGGGGAUUUGGUGCGCGAACGCACCCUUUUUUCGACGAGACGAAACAUUUGGCUGCUGCGCGCCGCCGUUAUUUUCCCGACAGGCUGAUAUUCUUUGCUGUGAACAAAGAUUGAACGGAUCCUUUCAGAACCAUUCAAAUCGCCCUCUGCCAAACGAUUUUCAAUGUUCUUGGCGUCAUUUUCUUCUAUCCCAUUCCAUUCCUACGAAGAAUUCCGUUGCGACUUUGCAAGAUCUUGGGAAACACUACUGCUCAAGUAAGUCCACUCUAAAUUUUCAUUCAAACCACUGAAUUUCAGUAUCGCUGGUUCGCACUGGUCUACAUCUUGAACGUUUUCUUUUUGUUCCCCGCCUUCCUACUGGCCCUUUCAUUCCUUCCAUCGGCUGUGAUGUUCACAAUCGUUGGCGGUUUCGUAGCGUUUGUCGCGAUUCUCAUUACAAUCAACUGGCUGCAAAGUUCGCAUCCUGGGAUCUUACCAGAGUUCCUGCACAACUGGCACUUUUUGCCGCGUUUCCUGUGGGACCUCGAGUUCUACGACAAGAUAUUUCGAAAACUCUCGGAGCAAUGUUUCUGUUGCCCCAGGCGCUUCUUCAACGCCAACUUUGAUGAGGAUGGAGCUGGGGGCAAAGCGAAUGGAAAUUCUCGGUCAUCGAAAAAGAUGGAGAGGAUAGACGGAGAUACGAAUAUCUCGAAUCUUGGAGAUAGAAGUCUUCGACAGACAGUUGUUUAG